CGAUGUCCUCCAACUCUUCAGAAUCCACCCUUGCCCCCGCCCCCGCCGUCGCACUUCCCCGCAGACAAAAUCCGCCGAAUGGCGCUAGCCUCGAGAUCAGACCGCCGGUGUGGCCGGUAGACCACUCGGAUGCGCCAGAACCGACGCCACUACCCGCAAAGUGCGCAAGACAUGAGCUCGGGCGGGAGGGUAUUUGUUGUAAAGAGCUCAAAGACGACGACGAGCGGACACUCGUCGACCCAGAUAUUGUCAGAGACGUUGUUAUCGGUCUCUCAGAUGGCCUUACCGUCCCAUUCGCCCUCACAGCGGGCCUCUCCUCGCUAGGUAACUCGCGCGUGGUCGUGCUGGGCGGCAUCGCCGAGCUCAUCGCCGGCGCCAUUUCCAUGGGCAUUGGCGGCUUCCUCGCAUCGCAGGCCGAGCGCGACCACUACCGCUUUCAGGCCAAGCACACCGCCUCGCGCGUUCUGCGCUCGUGCGCGGGCGAGAUGGAGCGCGAGGUGCACGCCAUCCUCGGCCCGCUCGGUGUCGAGGAGAGCCUGUCGCGGCAGGUCGCGAACUCGCUCAGGGAGGUCGAGGUCGGGGCUGAGAUGGGCGAGUACGCGGCCACGGGCGACCUCGAGUCAAGCAAUAAGCUUAAGUUCCAGCCCACGGUGGGGCUCACGCCGUUCCUGCUCAAAUUCGGCGAGGGUAUCGAGGACGUGACGACAUCAAGGAUGUACACGUCCGCGUUCACCAUCGGCUUGGGAUACCUCCUCGGCGGUAUCAUCCCCCUCCUGCCCUAUUUCUUCAUCCCCCAAGCACAUGUGGCGUUGAUGUGGUCGUGUAUCAUCACCGGUGUCAUCCUCUUGAUAUUCGGUGUUGUGAAGGCGCGGGUGACGGGUGCAGCGGGCUCAGGGAUUGGCGGGUACGUGUGGGGAGCGGUCAGCACGCUCAUGGUAGGAGGCGCUGCUGCGGGUGCUGCAUAUGGUAUCGUCGCUGCAUUGGAGGGAUAGUGGUUUGCCGUGUUCUUGUAUUGGUGCGCUGGAUGCUGUGGCCGCUUUCGUCGAGCGCGCAUAUAGUUCCUCUUUUGACGAUGUAUUUCUAGUCUGGCUACACUACGCUAUCUUGUUUCGAAUAGACAUCUCGCAACCUUUGCUGUUGGGCUACGAGUGCAAUCCGGGGUUCGGGACGGGGUAGAGGAGGCAUACCCGAAAUUGGCCCGGGUGGAGUCUGGC